UUAGACUAUCCAGCACCCGUGUAUCCUGACCCUUGGCCACGGCAUAUGGGAGGAGGGCAGGAGGCAGGAUGUAGUCGCAAUGGUGGGUUGAGUAUUUAUAUUCAGGUCGAGCGGAUUACUACCGUCUGCUUUUUGGGCAUCCGCAUCUGGGACGCAUCACAACACCCAUCCUGACAACGAUGAAGUGGCUUUCCCUCGCUCUUGCGCUCGUAGCGCCUUCCCAGGCGUACAUUCGAUUCGGAUGCGCGACGCUGUCUGUGCAGCGCUUGGAUCCCGUCGUUGAGCCAGGACGCCUCCCCUCCGCUCAUCUCCACCAGAUCGUCGGCGGCAAUGCCUUCAACGCCUCGAUGACCGGCGACAUCGGCGAGAAGGCUACCUGCACAACCUGCAGCUUCUCCGAAGACUUCUCUAACUACUGGACCGCCGUGCUGUACUUCAAGGCCCGUAACGGGACAUACAAGCGCGUGCCGCAGUACCCCAAUGCGCUCUUGGGUUCGCUCACCGGCGGAAUGACUGUUUAUUAUCUGCAGCAGGACUUCAAUUCGAAUGGCAAGACGAAGAUAACGUCGUUCAAACCAGGCUUCCGCAUGACCGUCGGCAGCCCGACCAGUACCAAGGGCGGCAACCCCGGCCUCAAAUACACCUGCCUGAAAGACAUCAUGACGCGCGGCAGCGAAACCGACGACUUCCCCAAGCAGCCGUGCGCCGCCGGCAUCAUGGCAAUCCACCACUUCCCCGCGUGCUGGGACGGCAAGAACCUCGAUUCGCCCAACCACCAGGACCACAUGUACAACACGGUCAAAGGCAUGUUCCAGAACGCCGGCCCGUGCCCGGCGUCGCAUCCCGUGCGCAUGCCCCAGGUCGCCUACGAGACGAUGUGGAACACCACCCAAUUCAACGACAAGUCCCUGUGGCCUGCGGACGGCUCGCAGCCGUUCGUGUGGAGCUUUGACGACAGCAAGGGCUACGGUACCCAUGGCGAUUACCUCUUCGGCUGGAAGGGCGAUGCGCUCCAGCGCGCUAUGGACUCGACUAGCUUGGUUAGCAACAACCUCAAGACUCAGUCCGUGGCCGAGGCGAACAAGUGCGCCUUAAAGACUACUAUUAACGAGCCUAUUGACGGAUGGCUUGACAAGCUUCCCGGCGCCGGUGGUAUGUAAUAUUUGACCAGCGUUGAUGCGGUUUGGAGGAGGACAAAUGCUAUUGAGAAAUUGAGACUUGUUCGUAGUUUUGAGGGUCGAGAGAUAUAUUCGGUCGUUUUCGAAAUGUAUGUGGUCGGUCUUUACGAGGAUGCUGUACUGCGUCUGGAGUGACUUUGCUAUCUCCCCGCCGUUAUCUUUCUUGGGGGGGAUUGGGCGGGAUCAGUUCAGAGAUCCCUCUUCCCCUCUCUGCUUAGUUCAAUUCUGAA